UUGCUCAACUUCUGUUGUUUUCUUUUUCAGCCCUCUUAUAACGAGCACGAAAUUGCACCAAUAUCAGCAAGGGACGUCGAUUCACGAAAUCAAAUUUCAACUGCUGUUGAGGCAAAAAGCAUUGCAAGACCGUCAUCAAAAUGCAGUCAGCGCAGCCGCGUUAGCAUUGCAAGCAUUCCGCAACUCUGUGAACCCUAUGACAAUUUCGACGAUCACAGUAAGAAUGAAGCACUGCAGCCAGUCUCUAAGCACCAGAAAACCCUAAUGCCAAGAUCGCAGCAGCAGCAGUAUCCGUACGAGCAAUCGUGCUGUAGCAUUUCGCACGCUCUUUCAUGGAGCAGCAACAAAAGUCUCAGCAGCACCGCACCAUUGGAUCGCGUAACACGAGGCGUUUGCUAUAUGGAACGGAAUUCGAGUGAACACGAUCCAGUGCGUGAGAAAUCGCUAUCGUCGAAGAGUCGCUCAAUUUUGUUUGGUGAGAAUGACUACACCGAUCUGCUUGGCGAUGGCAGUUUGCAUCCGGCUCAGCUUCAGUACCAUGUGCCAGCAUGGCUUCGUGGCUUUCCGGGCCAGCAUCGAGCGAACGAGCUCGUUAAACUUAUCCACUUUCGCAAUUUGCAUAAAGAAACCCAGGCCGGA